AAAUGAAUUAAUUGACCAGUCCUUCUAUACCCCUUCUAUUCUACCAUCGCAUUUGAGCCUCACAGCAUGGUCCAACUCGUCAUCACCACCCGCAUCCUCUCCGCGAUUGAGGCCAUUCCAGAGUCUCGUCGCAAGGACCUCGACCUUCCGGACUCUUUGAAUUUGAACUCUCCAAUCUCUCAUGAGCAAUUGAUUGGGUUAUCGCGUUACCUGAAAAGCAAUCCAGACGGCCACGAUGGCGACAGCAACACCCCGACAUCCUUGAACUCGCUCCUUCACGGGACGAAGGUCUACGUGCCUCCGCCGCCCAAUAAGCCAGAACCUACCCCCGAAUACAUCGCCCAAAAAGCCCGCCUCCUCGCCGCCGUCGAGGCAGACGCCUACAACCGCAUGACCUCCUCAACCUCAACAACCAAAGGCCCAUCACCAAUCUUCACCUCCACGACACCCAUCGUCUCCGCGAUCCACGACCCAAACACCUCCGACACCUCCGGCAAAGACCCCUUAACCCCCUCCCUCGUCCUAAACAUCUUCCUCUCCGUGCUCCUGACAGGAUUCAGCACAUACUGGGCACUGAGCAAAUUCUCGACACCGGAUAUACUUACUUCGACUGUUGCGAGUGCGUGGAGGGGGAGGGAUGUGCGUGGGGCGUCGGAGCCGGUGCGCGUGUUGUUGAGUCUUUUUGUGGCGCUGCUUGUUGGGUUGGCGGAGGUGAUCAUUUAUGCUAUUUAUUUGGGGAAGGCGGAGGAUGCGAGGGUUAAGGAGAAGAGGAUGAGGGAGAGGAGGGAGGUUGUUGGGAGUGAGCGGGUUGGCGGGAGGUCUGAGGAGGCUGAGGCUGAUGGUCAACAGAUGGUGGAUAAGGAUGAGGAGAAGAUUUGGGGUCGUGGUGCGAAUGGAGGGUUACGGAGGAGAGUGAGGGAGAAAUGGGAGGAGCAGGAGAAGGAGCAGGAGAAGGGGCAAGAAGGGAAGGGCGUGACUACCCAAGCAGAAUAGAGAGUAGAUAUCUACUGGAAUAAAAACAACGGAGCAUACUAUACCAUCUCGUC